CUAGUAGAGCAGAGACUGUACGUAAAGUAAAGAAUCCUGCACAUGCACAGAAGCUUUGGGACCUUUAGCUGUCGGGAAGAAGGGGUCCAGAAAAGUCUCAUAAUCGGAUCAUUAUUUCCUGUCCAAAGUCUAUUUCUCCUACCAUUGGUAUCUAACAUGGAAAUGUUACAGGCUAUCUGAGAACAUUAUUUGCUGUCCAAAGUCUAUUUCUCCUACCAUUGGUGUCUAACAUGGAAAUGUUACAGGCUAUCUGAUAAUGAUUUCCUGUCCAAAGUCUAUUUCUCCUACCAUUGGUGUCUACGUGUCCACAUGUGUUGUUGUGGUGCUGGAGAAGGGUCUUCAAAGGCUGAGGGUGGGACACACACUGCACACACUCCUCCAGGACAGAGGGGUCAGCAAAGCUGAGGAGGACACCAGAACUGAGGCCCAGAAGAAAGAAGAUGAGAUUAUUUUACUUUUGAAGAGAGCCAAGCUCAGUAUGAUGCGGGGGCAGUUGCAUGGAGCCAAUGGAUUCCUCCACCAGGCCAUCGCACUGGCCCACCAGACUCACAAUACACAAGCUAUCAUCUACACCUACAGUUUGAUGGCGAACCUUGCCUAUGUCCAAGGUCAGCUGGAUAAUGCAGAGAAACUGUUCAAAGCAUCCAUGAGUUUCAUGUUGUCCGGAGGAACACCACAGGAUGACAAUGGGGUUAUUGAGAUGUCCUUGAAGCUCGCUACCAUAUAUGCCGGCCAGAAUAAGAAUGACUUGGCAGAGACUGGUUUCAAGUUUUGCAUUGAAUCCCUUGAAGCCAAGUUGGAGAAAUUCAAGGAACUUCCUGCUGAGGAGCAAUCAGAGGAGUUACGGAAGGAGACCCGGCUCCUGCUGGGCCUGACCCUGGACUCCCACGCCCGCUACAUGGCCGCCACACACUGCCUGAGCCAGGCGGUGCUGGACUACAAGCGAGCCCUGCUGAUCUGCCAGGAAGAGCAAGGAGAGACCCACCCCCAGUCCUUGGUGCUGCUGAGUGACCUGGCCACCAUCCUGGACCUGCAGGGUCGCCACGACGAGGCUCUGCCCUUGGUGAAGCAGGCUGUGGAGCUGAGCAGAGAAGCCGGCCACCAUGACCAGCACGUGCUGCUGGGAAACAUGGCAGGCGUCCUACUGCACAAUGAUCUGUUUGAGGAGUCUGUGAAGCUGUACAAGGAGGCUCUGGCCCUGGCCCAGUCUGCAGGAGAUGAAGAAGCAGUGGAGCAGAUCCAGGAGGGGCUGAAAGAGGUGGGCAACAGGAGGAAAGCACAGAAGGCGGAAGCCGAAGCAGCCAAGAAUAAGACCGACUGACCCAGUUGGAUCAACUAAACUAAUAUUAACACAACCCCAAGAAAUCUCUCUUAACUAGUCUGUGCUUGCAGAGCUGAAGGGACCUACAUCCGAUUGGUCGGUGUAAAGCGCAAAUUAUGUAGUACAGGGCGUUUAGCUCAGGAAGAGGAGAAAAUGCAAUAACACUGUCACAUCACAACGGAUGUCUUGAAAACAGUUUCUGACAAUGGGCAUGUAACAAUUUAAUCUGUGAAACCCCGGUGAUGUUUUUUUUGUCUGUAUUGUGUGAAAUCUCACUCCUUCAAUGUGGAGUCCGUUUUGCUGUCAGAUUGGCUGAAGAUGUAAGGGGAACGCCUCAGGGCUAAAUUAAGAAAGUCCAUGGCCAGAAUUCAAGCAAAGGUAUCUUGUCGACAAGCGUAUUGCACUUGACUUUUAAAUUAUGACUUUAUAUUUACGUUUGAGCUGGCAUCUGCAGCGUUCGUCAUGAAUGCGAUCUCUCCACGAACGUCGGGGGAAAUGCCUUUAAAAAGGCACAUUGUCGACAGUGCAGUGCGAUUGAUGGCAAUGUGUCUUUGUUUGAAUUCCAUCCUGAAUGAUGGCGCCUUAGCAAUGGCAAGUCAUCAGACUGUCUGAAUUACUAUAAAUGAAACCGUGUAAGAUAUGUAAAUGUUAUGUGUGUGUAUACAAAACAAUUGUAUAUGGGCUGGAAUAUGACAUAGGACUUAACUGGCAGCUUUGAGUGAAAUUCCAAAUAAAGAAUGUUCUUGUUUUC